GUUGGUUAUCUCAACGAGAUUGAUUUUCUCGCUUGAGACGGUACGGCGAAAGUGAGAAAAGCAAUCGAGUUGAGAUGACCAAUGAUAUUCUGUUUAUGGCUAUUUUACCUAUGAAGACGUUUUUAAUUUCCUUGACAACGGCACAUGUUCCCUUAGUUUCUAGCUAUAAUUUUCACAUCACUCGACUCCGCUGAGAACGGAAAUUAUCAGUCAGCAAGAUCAAAGGAAAAAUUCGUAAAAUAGCGAUAAAUGUAUAUACAUGUCUGAUAUUUUAUUUGAUUUUUGCAACAUUUUCUUUUCAGAAAGGAAUGCCUAACAAUAAUUUUCUGUAAAGUAGGAUUAACAUCAUUAUUCAGAUGAACAACAAAAUGGAGAGAGCCGCUUCUCCUGCCAGACUUGCCUACACAUCAGACAAACAUCCACGACAUACAUUAGAAUCAAUCAAUGUCUUAAGGAAGCACAGAGAACUUUGUGAUGUUGUCCUUAUUGUUGGUCAAAGGAAAAUUUUUGCUCAUCGUGUGAUACUAUCUGCAUGCAGUCCAUAUUUUCAUGCCAUGUUUACAGGCGAACUUGCUGAGAGUAGACAGACAGAAGUGACAAUUAGAGAUAUUGAUGAGGCAGCUAUGGAACUCCUCAUUGACUUUUGUUACACAUCUAACAUAACAGUGGAAGAAAGUAAUGUACAAACACUAUUGCCAGCAGCUUGUUUAUUACAACUUGCAGAAAUACAAGACGUUUGUUGUGAAUUUCUCAAGAGACAAUUAGACCCAUCAAAUUGUCUUGGUAUAAGAGCAUUUGCUGAUACACAUGCAUGUAGAGAUUUGUUACGGAUAGCAGAUAAAUUUACCCAACAUAAUUUUCAAGAGGUAAUGGAAAGUGAAGAAUUCAUGCUUUUACCAGUGAAUCAGUUAGUGGAUAUAAUCUCAAGUGAUGAAUUAAAUGUAGGAUCAGAGGAGCAAGUGUUUAAUGCUGUCAUGUCUUGGGUAAAAUACAACACACAGGAACGAAGAUGUCACCUACCUAAUGUCACACAACAUGUUAGAUUACCCCUGAUGAGCCCUAAGUUUUUAGUUGGGACAGUUGGUUCAGACAUUUUAAUUAAGAGUGAUGAAUCCUGUCGAGAUCUUGUUGAUGAAGCCAAAAAUUAUCUGUUAUUGCCACAAGAACGUCCAUUGAUGCAAGGACCAAGAACAAGACCAAGAAAACCUAUCCGAUGCGGAGAAGUACUUUUUGCAGUUGGAGGUUGGUGCAGUGGUGAUGCCAUUUCAAGUGUUGAGCGGUAUGAUCCUCAAACAAAUGAGUGGCGGAUGGUUGCACCAAUGAGUAAACGGAGAUGUGGCGUGGGAGUAACGGUACUAAAUGAUCUAUUGUAUGCAGUUGGAGGACACGAUGGCCAGUCAUAUUUAAAUAGCAUUGAAAGAUUUGAUCCACAGACAAAUCAGUGGAGUGGUGAGGUAGCUCCUACCAGUUCCUGUAGAACAAGUGUUGGUGUGGCAGUUUUAGAUGGAUAUAUGUAUGCUGUUGGGGGUCAGGAUGGGGUAUCCUGUCUCAAUUUUGUUGAAAGAUAUGAUCCUCAAUUAAAUAAAUGGGCUAAGGUAGCAUCAAUGAGUACGAGAAGAUUAGGAGUAGGAGUAGCUGUACUGAUGGGCUACCUUUAUGCUGUAGGUGGGAGUGAUGGUACAUCACCUUUAAAUACAGUUGAACGAUAUGAUCCAAGAACCAAUCGUUGGACACCUGUUGCUCCAAUGGGAACAAGACGUAAACACUUGGGUGUAGCAGUGUAUAACAAUAUGAUAUAUGCUGUCGGAGGCAGGGAUGAUACCACAGAAUUGAGCAGUGCUGAAAGAUACAAUCCACAUUCUAAUACAUGGCAACCUGUUGUUGCUAUGACAUCCAGAAGAAGUGGGGUCGGUUUAGCAGUAGUGAAUGGGCAGCUUAUGGCUAUCGGAGGAUUUGAUGGUACAACAUACUUAAAAACAAUAGAAGUUUACGAUCCUGAAACAAACAGCUGGAAAUUAUGUGGUGGAAUGAACUACCGACGGCUUGGAGGAGGUGUAGGUGUGGUCCGAAUGCCACAGAACGAAUCUCAUUUAUGGUGAUGUACAGCAUAAAAAAAUUACAGACCUUCAAUUGACAGUACAAGGUCUAAGACUUUUUGUUCACAGGUUAAGGUAGAAAAAAACCCUACAUUGUAGAUUAAGUUUAUUGGUGCCACAUUUAUGUUUAAUUGCAUUUAUUUGAAUUAAUUGCAAAAUAUUUGUUAUUCUGUAUUUUUACCAUACUGACAGAAGUUUUAGGAUAGUGUUUUUGCAUUUUGAAACUUUUCUAUGUGCAUCCUGUUAAGUCAAACAGGAAUAGAUCAUACAUUGUUUUUUUUUGGUAAAUUUUCUAACAUUCUUAAAGAUUGUGAGUAUUGUUGAUUUUUUUUAAUAUAUAUUAAUAUGCUUGAGGUAUACAUACUAAAAUAUAUUGCAUAGUAAUUUUGAAGCACCUGUCACCAAGUGUUUGAUGCAUAUGAUAUUUUCCCUAUAUCCCCCAUUCUAUCUGUUAGGAAUAAAACAGUUGGUAAGUCUUUUUUUUUCAUUACUAGGUAUAUUAAAAUUAUAUUGGUAUGAAGUUGCUUAAUGACAAAUUUUAGAUUAAGUUCAUGCAUCCUUCCAUUUGGUUGAUCCACUUUUUAAUGGAAAUACUGCACUUGGACUUGGAAAAUCUUGUGAAAUCAUACCUUCAGUACAUGCUUAAUGAUGAAUGAAUGGUUACUUUGUUUAUGUUUUGUUUCAAUUCACACUCUUCUUAUGGAAUUAUGAUCAUAAGAAAGCACAUUUCAUAUUUUUUUCCUGAUAUUGCUUGGAGUGUAGGUAUUUACAUGAUGAUGAGUUACAGUAUGCUGGGAUCAAAUUACUACAAACUCAUUACUUUGUACCAUCAUAUUGGACACAAUAUUUAUAUGCCUAAUGGUAUCCUCAUUCAUGUUUUUCUACAGAGCCAUGUUAUAUGCUUCUGAUUAAAUGCCUUCUAAAUAUUUAUUUUUAUUUUUGCAACUAUUUCAAAAAACACAAUAAUGGCUUAUUAUGUGCUCUUAACGCAGUUGCUUGUUUUAUUUUUUUUUUUUUCGUUCAAAAAGUAUGUAUAAAGAUUGUUUAAGUGUAUUUAUAUUUUAACAAGUUUAACUGGAUAUUCGUGUCAAGGAAUGAUUACUUGAUGCUGUCUCAUAGUUUUUUUUGUCAUUGUUUUAUAUCAUUAUUGGGCAUUAAUUACAUAUGUAUGUAUGAUAUUUAUUUGGGUAUAAUUUUCUUUUGAUAAAUUAAAUGAAGGAAAUAAUAAGAGGAGAAAAUAGAUGUAAAAAUUAGUAUAUGCUGUUCAUUUUAGGGUUAAGUUUAUUUCGUUUUAUGAAUUAGAUAGUUUAGUAACAUUUCAGAUAUUUUAUAUAAGUAUUGUUUUUUAUGACAGUAAAAGCACUUCAUUGUUAUCAAUAUCAGCAUUCUUUGUAGAAAGGUAAAUUCAUAAUUUAUUUCAUGUUUUUUUAGUGCAAAUCUUUGAUGUAUAGUUUAUUUUGUGUUAAGGGCAUCCAAUACAGUUUUGAUUUCUGAUGACAAUUUGCAUACAUGCUAUUUUAUACAGCUUCAUGUGCUACUUUUAGAGAUAAAUGGGUCGAAAUUUUAGACAUUUGUAAAAUUUUUGGUUACUUGGAGAUUUCUAUCCUUUGGACAGACAUACCUAACUUUUUUGUUCAAAAAUGUAAACAUUAAAGGAUUUUUAUAAAAACCUUUUGGAUAUCUUCCUAACAUAAAUAUGCUUUAAAUUUAUGUAACAAUUCCUAAAUUUAAUUUAAUUUUCAUGAUUUUAGAAAAAAAAACGGCACUUUUUGCUUUUAUUUUUUAAAAAUACAUCAGUGAUUUGUUCAUAAAUAUUGGUACAAAUAAUCUUCAUACAUAACCUAGCUAAAUGUCAUUUUAAAAAAAGAGGGGCCCGCUUAUUUGUUUUCAAGCUAAUGAUUAAAAUCACAAUUUGAUGUCGCAAAAAAUAACAUUUUAUUUUAGCAGUGUAAUUAUCUCCCUUGUAACUGUAUUGUAUGCCUUUAAAUUGGUUUUGUUUGUUUGACUGAUUCAAAGAUAGACAAUAGUUGAAUCAUUGAUUUGAUCACUAUAAUUGAUUUGGCUGAUUCACCGGUCUGAAAAAAAUGUCAAACAGAAUCAGUUUAGUUUUGAUAUAGAAUUGGUUCAACAUGUUUUGUAAUGCAGUUUCAUUGAAUCUAUUUAGGCAACUAUAUACUAAAGUUGUUCAAAUCAUUGUCUUUUGAUGGAUAGUAGUCUUACUGUCAAUUGUACCACACCUCCUAAGUUUUAUAUUAUAUAAAGGAUAUGUUUUUAAGUUGUAUAUACUAUCAAAACUUAAAAUGCAAGUUUUAAGUAUUUAUAAUGAUAAUCCUGUUGUAUUUUUUACAGCUAUAAAUUUACUAUUAUGUAGGCUAUAAAUGUGAUAUUAAAUUUCCUAUAAAUUAUUCCUUUUAAAUCAUUAUAUCAUAGAGUGCUAAAUAUUUAUAUGUUCAAUGUUUUAGUGAAGUUAUGAUCAUUCAUGUAUGUCCUCUGUAAAUAUUUGUCUCUGGGUUUUUUCUUUUGCUUCCUUCAACUAAGAUCCUUUAGAAAUUUUAAUCUGUGAAUUACUCAAAAAAAAGAAUCAAUUCUGAUGUUAUAACAUUGUACAUAAAUAUUGCUUGUUUGCAGUACAGAAGAAAAAGGUUUGCAGUAAAUGGUCAAAUUGUUGCAAUAUAAUGACAAAGUCAAUAUUUUAUUAUGAAAAUCCCCAGAUGUGAAUAAUUUUAAGGAGGUACACAACUUUAGGUAGUUUGAAGUAAUUCUGCGAAUUUUUUUCUGGAACAAAGUAAACCUUUAGAUAUUGGCAAGACUAGACAAACCUCCUUCAAAGACCAAAGUCCAUGUUUUUCAAUGUGGAAACCUAGAAAAUCCGAUUGAUAAACAAAAUUUAAUAAUGUAUAACUUCGCAUGGUCCAUCAAGUGUCACUUUAUACCACCUGUAGAAAAUUUUGUCAAACUUCCCAUAUGCAAAAAUGGCAUAGAACAUGCACAUAUUUUCCUAUUGCAAAACCCCAAAAUAAAAUUAGAUUGAUAGAGUAAAGGGGAAAAUGUACAACCAUACAUGGUAUGAAGUAAUUCUACCAAGUUUGUUCCAGUCCUAUGCAAACUGUAGGGGAUUUUAUGUCGGCAAACUUUAGUGAUGGAAAGACAGAUACUUAAAAAACAACAUGUCUCCUCACAUAUUCAAUGUUAGUGACUUUAUUACAGGUAGGAUAUGAAAAAAUAUAAGCAUUUGUACAAUUUUGCCUCUCAAUGAACUCAUAUUUAUUCAUUGAAUAAUCUGGAUUUGUGCUGUUUGAUUAUCAUUUGAAAUUUUUUUAAAUCUUCUUGGUUGUAGAAGCUAUAAAAUGAAAUUAUCACAGUUAUACAUCUUAGAUCCUUUUUUCUUUCGCAUCUAAGAAAUAACAGGUGACCAGUCUUGACCAAAAAUAUUAGGACUACAAUAUUAAAUGUUCUAUAUACACCUUUAACAUCUUGCUGUUGGAUUAUACCAGUUCAUAAUAUGAUUGCACUAAUGAUCUAUUGUAUACCAUUAUUUCAAAUAAUUUGUAUAUUUCUUGAUGCAAACCCAACUAUCAUUAUACUACCUUCAUUGUAUUGUUAAGAUUAUGGUUAUGUCUGAUCAAAUCAGAUGUUUUUUUCACAAAUGAAUGUAUUCAUAGGAACAGAUUUGUGUCGAUUAAUAUAUUAAAUUGAAAUCUGUA